AUGAUUGCAUCACAACUUUAGAGUGUAUAACGUGCAGAUCCUCUCGUGUGUUUGUGCAUUUCUUCAAGGUUUUCCAGAACAUGUGAUGUGACCGUAUAUAAGCCCUGUAUGUGACAUCUCUCAGGCCAGAGAAGACACUCUUUACUAAGCCUCUCUCUCUGCAGUCCUAAAUCCUCAGCCAUGCUGCGCCUGACGGUCCUCGGCCUUCUUGCAUUUGCAGUGUCUCUCAGUAGCUCUACUGUAAUUAUAGAAAAUGGCAUGCCCCUCCUGUGGGCCCAAACUGUGGGAUCAAUGGCUGAGCUGCCCAGUCAAGGUGACAUAUCGACUCCCAGUCCCUUCAACUAUCUUCAUCGCUUGAGUUUUAGCCGACUGAUGAUUGAAGCUACAAACCCGUUCAUGUUAACUAUGGGGCCUGAUGCCACAGACAGUCCUAUGUGGGCUCUGUCACUGCAGCUUGUUUGGAUGCACACUUCAGGGCGUCUUGCUGACCCAACAGGUGUUACCUCAUGCGGCACGGCAUCUGGAGAUAGUAAUUGUGUUGCUCCUGAGAGUUGGUGGGGCUGUGUGAACUACUUUGUCUCAGCGCUGCCCUUCUUGUCUGCUGCGCAGCAGGGCUUCAUGGGAGAGGGAGCUCAGGUCAAGUUUAUGGUACCUGAUGAUGUAACAGACUACUGCUCCACACAUGCUGAGUGUUCUGCUCAAUUCCCUGAUGCUAUGUCUAAGUGGGACGCCUAUUUUCAGGGCCUCAUCUCAAUUCCUGCUUCUGCUCUCCCUGACGAUGAGAAAAAAGAUGCUAUCCUUGGUCUCUUCUGGGGUGCCCAAAUGGCUUCAAUUCAAUCAUCCUCCAUAUGCAACGGAAGGAAGACCCACUACUCCAGUAAGGAAGUGUCUUUUGCAACCAGCUGGCUGUUCUUAUUUGACUACCUUUCGGCUGUAUAUUUUCAAUCCAAUUUGGCAGACGCCACAAAGUUCAUAUCCCCUCUGCCACCCCGUAUUUUGUUGGAGGACGAUAACGCACCUAAAAUUCCUGAUUUGAGUGAAGACGAGAACCACUCACUGUACAUCUUCUCCUGGAUGAAUAGCAUCAAUAAUUUAUUGGGUGGGAGUUUGGUGAGCGCGUGGAAACGAUCCGUUUGUUCAGCAGAGCUCAGAGCGAAAGGCAGAGACAUGAUCACACAGCUUUUACUGAAUCCACAAUUCCCAACCAGCACUUUUCUGUCCGUCGUCUCUGGAAUGGCUUUGAGCUGCUGAGAGGAACACACCACCAAACAAAAAUGUUGAGAAAGAAAAAGACAGCAAUGUUGUUUUUCAGGUAGUUCUCUGUUAACAGAAAGCUACAGACGAAUGCAAAAGUCAUGUGAUUUGAUGUUUGUAGUGGAUAAAACUGAACUACUUUUAAUAUUGACAAGUUGUAGUUCCAUAAUGUGACUCACUGUUGAAUCUGUCUUUGUUGUACUAAUAGAAUUUUGUAAUAGGACUCUGUACAACUACUACCUUGAUCAGAGGCUAAGUCUUACAGUUAUCUGUUACUGACACAGUGUCUUUCCUUAGCUAGGCCAUUUAAUAUGAAAUAGUUUGUCACUCUCUCAUGAUUAUCUCGACCAGCCCUGAGAUGCAGUCCUGUUUGGCUGUGCAUCCAUGUUUCUGAUUAUUCUUGUGGUUUAAUUUUUCAUAUUCCUUCUUGAAAAUAAAGCUGACAACAGAA